GAGGGGGGGGAUCCGGCGCCGAUGGAAAGUUUUGUGCUGGGCGGGGCCAGGGGGGGCGGGCGCUGGGAGCCGCUUAAGGGCGGGAGCGGAGGGGGAGCCCCGGCCGCGCUCACAUCCCCGCGGGGCAGCGCCGGCAGCCGCCCGGCUCCAGCGGGAACAAUGGCGGAGCCCUUCGUGGUGGAGAGCCCCGACGUCGCGUACAGCAAAGACUUCAUCGAGGCGCAGUACACGUACAGCACCGCGCACGUCUGCAGGGAGGGCGGCGUCACCAAGGUCCGGCCUUGCUCCACGCGCUUCACCUUCCGCACGGCGCGGCACGUGCCCCGCCUGGGGCUGAUGCUGGUGGGCUGGGGGGGCAACAACGGCACCACGGUGACGGCGGCCGUGCUGGCCAACCGCCUGGGGCUGUCCUGGAUGACCAAGAGCGGGCGCAAGACAGCCAACUACUACGGCUCGCUGCUGCAGGCCUCCACCGUGUGCCUGGGCGCCGGCCCCACCGGGGACGUCUACGUGCCAUUCCGGGACCUGCUGCCCAUGGUGCACCCCAACGACAUCGUCUUUGAUGGGUGGGACAUCUCCUCGCUGAACCUGGCCGAGGCCAUGCGGCGCGCCGAGGUGCUGGACUGGCCGCUGCAGGAGCAGCUGUGGCCGCACAUGGAGCAGAUGAAGCCCCGACCUUCCAUCUACAUCCCCGAGUUCAUCGCCGCCAACCAGGAGGAGCGGGCGGACAACGUGCUGCGCGGCUCCAAGGCCGAGCAGGUGGAGCAGAUCCGCAGGGACAUCCGGGACUUCAAGGCGAGCAGCGGGGUGGACAAAGUCAUCGUGCUGUGGACGGCCAACACCGAGCGCUUCUGUGACGUGGUGCCGGGGCUCAACGACACCGCCGACAACCUGCUGCGGGCCAUCGAGCAAGGCCUGGAGGUGUCCCCGUCCACGCUCUUUGCCGUGGCCAGCAUCCUGGAGGGCUGCGCCUACAUCAACGGGUCGCCCCAGAACACCUUCGUGCCGGGCGCCGUGGAGCUGGCGGCUCAGCGCCGCGUCUUCAUCUGCGGGGACGACUUCAAGUCGGGGCAGACCAAGCUGAAGUCGGUGCUGGUGGACUUCCUGGUGGGCGCCGGGCUGAAGACCAGGUCCAUCGUCAGCUACAACCACCUGGGGAACAACGAUGGCAAGAACCUCUCUGCGCCGCAGCAGUUCCGCUCCAAGGAGAUCUCCAAGAGCAACGUGGUGGACGACACCGUGCAGGCCAACCCGGUGCUGUACGGACCCCAGGACAAACCCGACCACUGC